AUCAAAGCGCUCUUAUAAAAUCACCAUUUUUUGCAUAAAUUGUCGAUAUAAAAUGCGCUUCGCUAGUUGCUGCUAUAAGACUAUUUUCGAAAAAAAGCAUAGCGUAUUGUUUGUGUUCCUAGUGGCAUUUUUCGUAAGGCUUCUUCUUGUUUCGUAUGGCCUAUGGCAAGAUACGAAUUUUGCAGUCAAAUACACGGACAUAGAUUAUGAAGUGAUGAAUGGUGGCGCCCGAUACGCUUUGCUAGCAAAAUCUCCAUAUGAAUAUAAUACGUUUCGCUAUACGCCUUUACUUGCUUAUUUGCACAUUCCUAAUGUGUGGCUUUGCAAACUUUUUGGAAAGUUCCUUUUUUUGUCUUGCGAUUUAGCUGUUGGCUACACUCUUUUCAAGAUUUUGCAACAUCUCUUCAAUGAAUAUCAUUCAAACCUUGGUGGUGCCAACAAAAAAUCUAGCGCGCUGUUUUACAGCUGCAUUUGGCUGUUUAACCCCGUUAUCAUCAACGUAAGCACAAGAGGUAAUGCAGAGUCUAUUAACGCCAUCUUAUCCGUUCUGGCUCUAUAUUUGGUCUUUGUGCGCAAAAAUUUUUUGCUAGGUGGCAUAAUUUAUGGUCUCUCUGUCCACCUUAGAAUUUAUCCCAUCAUUUACUGCUUGGCUUAUUUAUUUUAUAUCGAUUCUGGGUCUUCGAUUUCAAAUUUCAGCUACAAAGAAAACUGGAUAAAAUUAUUCGUCUCCCGUUUUUUUAGUAAGAACAAACUAAUUUUUACAUUUUCUGCGAUUUUGACGUUUACCGCAAUUACCGCAGUGUUCUACCGGAUAUAUGGGUGGCCAUUUUUAUACGAAGUGUACCUUUAUCAUCUUACUAGAAAAGAUCACAGACAUAAUCUCUCCGUCUACUUCUACGAUUUCUAUUUAUCAAUUCCUGAAAACAGUUUAGUUAACGGAUUUAACAACCCAAGCUCUGAUACAUUACUUACGCUGAAUGGAUUAAUUGGGCAUCUGCGCUCCAAUCUGAUAAAUGCUGUGUUUGAAUUUUCUACGCAACUAGCAUCACUCCUUAUUCUAUCAAUCAAGUUUUACCAAGAUAUUACGUUUUGCCUUUUGCUCUUAUCGCUAGUAUUUGUUACAUUUAACAAAGUCUGCACAAUACAAUACUACUGCUGGUAUAUACAAUGGCUCCCUCUAGCCCUUCCUUGGACAAGGUUAAAAUUAAAAGCAGGACUUGUGAUUUUUAUGUGGGAGAUUUUUGUACACGCCCUUUGGUUCUAUUUUGCCUACUCACUAGAAUUCUUAGGCAAACAGGUCUUUUUACCUUUAUGGAUAUCCGGUCUAAUUUACUUUUUGUCGAACGUAUCUGUCAUUGCAUCUUUAAUACACUUUCAAAAUCCGAAAUCGUUAAAAUUAAAAAAUAAAGACUUCUAAAGGUUGUGCACAUA